GCUGAGCUUGAUUGAAACAACCAGGUGUUAUUUUGCCGAGUGCUUCGUUUUUUUCUUUCUCUUUUGAAGCUAUUGCUUGCAUAAGUACAUUUCCUUAGUAAACAACCUACUCGUUAACGGGCGCAUAGAUAUUUUCCAUAGUUUGAUUUGUCUGCAAGACUCACCGGUUUUUCUCUGCACGCAUCCUCCUCACUCCACAAUGGAUUUGGUCUGGAGCCUGUGCUUCGUUGGGAGUCUCUGCGCUUGGUUUGCAUCUGCAGAAAGGCACAGCGUAUAUUGGAAUAGAACAAACACCAAGUUCCUAUGGGACGACUAUGCGGUGGAGGUGCGGCUGAAUGACUACCUGGACAUUGUGUGCCCCCACUACCCGCUGGGCGAGGUGGCAUCGCAGGACGCUGAGCGCUACGUGCUCUACAUGGUGGAGCGGGAGGACUACGACGCUUGCAAGCCUCAGUCCUAUGACCAGAUGCGCUGGGAGUGCGGCCACCCCUUCGCACCCCACGCCGCCGAGAAGUUCUCAGAGAAGUUCCAGCGUUUCACCCCCUUCACCCUGGGCAAGGAGUUCCGCCAGGGAGAGAGCUACUACUAUAUCUCCAAACCUCUGCACCACCACGGACAGGAGUGCCUCAGGCUCAGGGUAGACGUCGUAGCUGCUGAUGGUUCUCAAGAGGCCAGGGUUGCAACUGGAGGAGCUGCACCUGGAGCUGGGGGUGGAGCACACAACGCCUCUAACAGACUGCCUGCAGAUGACCCAGUGGUAAUCCUGCCAGAGGUCCAGAAAAGCGUGCGGACAAAUUUGGCAGUCUCGACAGCGUCCUUCUCCAUCCUCUCAUUGAUGGUACCAGUCUUAUUAUUACUGUUGUUACAGUGAGACUCUGAAAGAACUACAAAUCCUAUAGACUUGGAGGGACUACAAUGAAGUUGGUCUGUGGGGAACCACAGACACAGAAGACAGUUCUCAAAGCCCAGUGCUGGUCACUGGGAGAGGGACCUUUUUAAUCUUGUAAAUACAGAUGGACACACAUUCGCUAAGUGUGCUGUGUGAGACUUUGAUUGGAGUUUUGUGAGGAGGAAUUCAUCUUUGUCCUCUCUUUUUUAUGAUGUCAGUAUUUCCUGGACAGAUUUAGUUCUAUUUAAUGUUAGUAUUUGUUUUACUCUUCUCCUCCAAAAAACAUGAUUCAUUUUGGGAAAAAAUGAAGAGGAACCUAAUCUGGAAUGGAUGAAGAACAAUCACUGAAGACGAAGCUAAUGGACUUUCCUAUAUGGACAACUGUUUGUAUUUUAUAUGAAUUUGUAUUAGAAAAAACACCAUUUAGUGCAUCAUCUUCUCUAACCUUUUGAGCCAAAGAAUACAGUGAUCAUCUCUCCAGUAUGUAACUAUUCUAUUCCAACCUUGACUAUUGUGUACUGUUAAUUGUAUUGUUAUUGUAUUGGUAUUGAGUGGCACUAAAUGUCCAAGUGAUUCUUUGUCAAUGUAGCACCGACAAAAGCAGGGAAUGUGUUAGCUAACUAUCAAUGUUCCUGUGCAGACCUGACCAUAUGCUUUCACAGCACUAACCAUACAGCACAACAACAGACAUGCAACACACUAUUCAGUUGUACAGUCUGACUGACGCACAGACUGACUGACACCACAAUGCUGACUCAUAAAGGGAGACACUACAUGGAAAGGAACGGUGUUGUGUACAUUUUGUGAAAAUAAUUUAUAAAAGUUUGCAGCUGAAAGAUAACAUAAUACUGUAUGUUUAACAAAUGCUAUGUUUACUGUUGGAAAGUGAGCUCUCUCCAAGUGGGAGAAUGAGUGUCUCAGUGAGAGAGUGAGACAGAGAAGGUGUGCGAGGGAGAGAGGUCAAACAAAAUGUUAAAUCUGCCAAAAUCAAACACUGAUAUGUUGUGUGUAGCAGCGGAAGGCGGGCCUUCUCUGUUUUGUCGGAUCAUGCACUCGUACUGUUUAAACUAGAUCACCCAGACUGAUCUAUACUAACCACAGCACUCGCCAGAGUGUUUCACUAUGGAACACUGUUUGUUGCAUCUAAUCUCUACUUCAAUCACUAAAAAGUUAACCAAGUAAAAAAGGAAGACAUUUUAUUCAAAGACAUAGUUGUGAUUUGAUUGGACAUAAUUUACAAUUUGGUUGCAUUUUAAUGCAAUUUGGCAUUUACAAUAAAGCAAAGGUCUUGGGAAAUACUGCUCUGGUGAGGUUAUAGGACUACACUCACUGAAAUCACAAGACACGGCACCAAUCUUAGCUGCCAAGCUCAACUUACUUCACAGGGUGGUUUGAACGACAGACACAACGGUAUAUGACUAACAUAAUCCUUUUUGUUCUCAGAAAGCGUGUUACCUUAUUUUGUACAUGUUGAAGUAAAGUGUAUUAUAUGUGUAUAUAUAGAAUAUUAUAUAAAGAACCCAUUUGAUAAAUAUGAUAAAUGUGAC